AUGCCAAAGCAUUACUUAAUAUCUAUCUAUCUAUCUAUCUAUCUAUCUAUCUAUCUAUCUAUCUAUGUGUCAUUCUUUCUUUCUUUCUUUCUUAUAAGCAUUCUUUCUUUCUUUCUUUCUUUCUUUCUUAUAAGCAUUCUUUCUUUCUUUCUUUCUUAUAAGCAUUCUUUCAUUCUUCCGUUUUUCUUUCUUAUAAGCAUUCCCCUCUUUCUUUCUUUCUUUCUUUUUCUUUCUUUCUUUCUUUCUUAUAAGCAUUGUUCUUUCGUUUUUAUAAGCAUUCAUUCUUUUUUUAUUUCUUUUAAAUAUUCGUUCUUUCUUUCUUUCUUUCUUUCUUUCUUUCUUUCUUCAGGGUUAUCCCCUCCAUACUUUCUGUCUUCCAUCUUUAUAACUCAUUUUUAUGCUUUUCUCUCUCUUCUUUUUUUUCUCUUUUUUCGCUGUCCAAUAAAAUUUCUUUUAUAUUUUCCUUCUUUCUUUCUUUUUGACAUUUUUAAACCCCGGAGGGUUCUCUGUGGUGGCUCUUUUCCUUGUUUCCUUGUUUUUUCUAUAAAACGUUUUCCAUUCUUUCUUUCUUUCUUUCACUUUUUACCCUUUAUCUGUUUGCUUCUUUCUUUCUUUCUUUCUUUCUUUCUUUCUUUCUUUCUUUCUUUCUUUCUUUCUUUCUUUCACUUUUUACCCUUUAUCUGUUUGCUUCUAUCUUUCUUUCUUUCUUUCUUUCUUUCUUUCUUUCACUUUUUACCCUUUAUCUGUUUGCUUCUUUCUUUCUUUCUUUCUUUCUUUCACUUUUUACCCUUUAUCUGUUUGCUUCUUUCUUUCUUUCUUUCUUUCACUUUUUACCCUUUAUCUGUUUGCUUCUUUCUUUCUUUCUUUCACUUUUUACCCUUUAUCUGUUUGCUUCUUUCUUUCUUUCUUUCUUUCUUUCUUUCUUUCUUUCAAUUCUUUCUCUUUCCUCCUUUUCUCUCUAAGUUUAAGUGGGUACGACAGAAAUCGACCCUCGUAUCUAUCUAUCUAUCUAUCUCUAUCUAUCUAUCUAUCUAUCUAUCUAUCAUCUAUCUAUCUAUCCCAGUCUGUUCAUUAUUAUCUAUCUAUCUAUCUAUCUAUCUAUCUAUCUAUCUAUCUAUCAUAUCCCCAGUCUGUUCAUUAUCUAUCUAUCUAUCUAUCUAUCUAUCUAUCUAUCUAUCUAUCUAUCUAUCUAUCUAUCUAUCCCAGUCUUUUCAUUAUCUAUCUAUCUAUCUAUCUAUCUAUCUAUCUAUCUAUCUAGGCGCGUACCCAAAUCCAAUAAUAUCUAUCUAUCUAUCUAUCUAUCUAUCUAUCUAUCUAUCUAUCUAUCUCAUAUUGUCUGUCUGUCUAUCUAUGUAUUACCCAAAGAUGAGGACAAUAGUUCGAAUAAUGUAA